AUGGCCGGCAUGCUCCCUGGAGUGGAGUGCGCGCGGCGGCGGCGGAUGUGGCAGGGCGGGGGCGCGGGGGCCGACCAGGCGGCCGCGGGCACGAGGCGGCUCUCGUUCUGCCUCUACGCUGCCGGGCACGGCGCCGCGCACGCCGUCGGCACCGGCAAUUCCGGCAACAAGCAGAGGAGCGGCGCCAUGGACGGGUGGGCGCUGGACAGCAAUGCCCGGGAGGCAAAGGAGAGGCUGGACCAGAAGCUCAAGAGCAAGGGCAGCGGCCCCGACACCGUCAUCAAGAGGCAUCACAGUACGGGGAGCAUAAAGCUGAGCAGAGCAAACGGAAGCGGCGGUGGUGGCGGAGGGGGCUCGUCGGCGACGGUGGCGACGGGCGUGCAGCGGGAGGUGUACUCGAAGAAGGGCGUGAUGAGGCGGCUGAUGAGGUGGAGCCGGCUGCGGUGGGAGGCCGCGGAGCAGGCGGAGUGCGCCGUGUGCCUGGACGAGUUCGCCGCGGGCGACGUCCUGGCGCACCUGCCGUGCGGCCACCGCUUCCACUGGGGCUGCGCGCUGCCCUGGCUCGAGGGCGCCGCCUCGCACUCCUGCCCGUUCUGCCGCGCCGCGGUCGACGCCGGCGCCGGCGCGCACGCCGCCUCCUAG